UUUAAGUCCGUAAACUUGACACUUGCGACUUAAUUGUCUUCAAUAAGAGAACAAAAAAACACACACGCAAAUGUGGACAGUCCAGUCAAAGAUUUUCUUAGUAGAAUAUCUCUGUCUGCAAUGGUUGCCAGGACAAUCUUGCGCUGGCCCUCUGGGGGGCGCUGGAACACAUUCUGCUGCUCUCCCAGAGACAUGCUUUAGUGCACUGAAAAGAGGCAAGGACAGAUUGACUCAUCAUACUUCAACCCUGCUUUCAGUAACAGAUUCAGCACACAUGUGCAGAUAUAGAUGUUAAUUUGUCAAAGCAUAUCACCUGAAUGUUAACAUGCCAUUUUUUAUCAUAAUACGUAUACAAAACAAUACUAUAGCCGUCAAUGAAGGGGACCACUUGCUUUUAGGCAUCCACUACAACUGACAUAAAAAUGUGCAGAUGCCAUAUUGCAGCCCCUCGAUAGGACAGUCUAGAGCCGUGUUUCCCAACUAGGGGUAUGCGUACCACUAGGGGAAUGUUAGCACACUACAGCAGGUACGCAUACAUAAUAAUAAUGAUAACAAAUGUAUUGGGCAUAGUCACAUUGUGAUAGAGGAAGAGAUAUACAGUAGAGGGGGCACUCAGGGUAUGACAGCAACAAUAAAAAACGCUUAGACGUGAGACAAAAAAAAGAAUUGGGAAACACUGUGUGUGUGAACGUUUUGUUAUUUAUUACACAAGUCUCAAGUUCCCUUUUGGAGUCACUGUUGUAAAUGAUACACUCACUGUUAAAAUGCAACAUCAUGAAUACUCCUCCACUCCAAACGUACAUUGUAGCAACCACAGAUAGGGCCGGAGAGGACAGUAUUUUGGUGUCACAUGUGUGGGAAGGGCUUACAGAGGGGAAAACACACUCCCAGAUGUUGUGAGAGACAGAGUGGGCCUAUGUAAUUUACCCUGAGUUUCAGAUGGCCAUCACUGGCUUUGGGAUUUUAGAACUAAGCUGAACAAGCCUUUUAACAAUGCAACCCUGCACCUUAAACAAUAUUUGGACAGCCUUUGCAUGUACUAACACAAGAUAGGGAAAUAAGGAAAGGGCUAUCUUGAUACGGAGGAUCUAUAUCUUAAAGUGAGCGAAAAGAAAGAGAAAGACUGAGAUCAGGGGACCUACCAGAGGUGCGGCUUGUCAGGAUGUCCAUCCUGCGGGAGGUUAGUCCAAGGUUGUGGAGUAUCAGAAGUUCGGAGCAAGUGGCUCUGGCCAAGAGAGCAGCACAGAUCACAGUGGAACUUCAACAGGGAGUGAAAAAGUCAUACAAGGAUGUAAUCGAUGUUUCCUGGGGCGACCCACACAGAGGAGGGCUAAAGCCCCUGACAUUUGUCCGACAGGUCAUUGCCAGCUGUUUGUACCCCUCUUUGCUGACCAGUGAGUCACUGCCGGUUGAUGUGCCGCAGAGAGCCCAGAGCUUGCUGGGAGACUGUGGAGGUGGAAGUGUGGGUGCAUACACUUCCACGGCUGGAAUACCCAGAAUUGUUCGCAGCGUGUCUGAAUUCAUCACGAGAAGAGAUGGUGGUGUGGAGUCCUCGCCUGAGAACAUCUUUAUCACCUCUGGAUCUCAGCGAUCCCUCAUGAUGGUGCUGAAGCUGUUUAUACGUACGGAGGGCCCUGUACAGACAGGUGUGUUAAUGCCGGUGCCUUCAUACCCCUACUUCAACAAUGCGGUGUCAAUGCUGGGAGGGGUCAUGGUGCCCUACUACCUGGAUGAAGAACACGGCUGGGACGUUAGGGUGGACGAGCUGCGCAGAGCCCUGCGUGGGGCCAGGGGGCACUGCAAUCCCAUGGUCCUUUAUGUUACUAAUCCGGGCAACCCCACAGGCCAUGUACAGAACAAGAAGUCAAUUGAGGAUGUGAUUCAAUUUGCAGCUGAAGAAAAGCUUUUCCUUCUGGCUGAUGAGGUGUAUCAGGAUAGUGUGCAUGAUCCAAACAGUGAGUUUGUGGCCUAUAAGAGGGUGUUAUCUGAGAUGGGUCCACCAUACUCCAACUCUGUGGAGCUCGCCUCUUUCCAUUCUGCCUCCAAAGGAUACCUUGGCGAGUCUGGUUUCCGGGGCGGCUAUGUGGAAUUUGUGAACCUGGACCCCACAGUCAUGGGAUAUACGUACACAUUGUUUUCAUGUGACACCUGCUCAUCCGUCCUGGGCCAGCUCGCUCUGGACCUUUUAGCCCACCCUCCUAGGCCCGGUGAUCCAUCCUACCCAACAUAUGCAGCCGAAAUCAGAGCUCUGAAGGACACAAUGGGCCGUAAUGUGCAACGUAUCCAAGAGGUUAUUGGCUCUCUACCUGGGAUGAGCUGCCAGCCAAUCAAGGGUGGCAUAUUUGCUUUCCCCCGCCUCCAUCUCCCACCAUCUGUAGUGCAGCAAGCCCAGGAGGAGGGUGUGAAUCCCGACAUGUGGUACUCCAGUCGCCUACUAGAGGACGCAGGGCUGUGUGUGGGACCUGGCUGUGAACAUGGGCAGAGAGAAGGCACGCAUCACAUCAGAUUGUGCAUUGCAACCUCUCAGGAGAACCUGGAGGAGGUACUGACCAGGCUGUCUGAUUUCCACCGGAGUUUCAUGAGACGGUUCUCUUCCUCCUGACCUGCGUAAAAGAUAUCUUAUUCCUGGCCCUUCUGUCCCUGUCUCAAGCUCAUGCAGGAUGUCGUCAUACUCUGCUGGAAGGAUUGCACUUGUGAAUAGGAGUAUCAUGGGAUACUUUCCUCAGUAAUAUCGAUACAUAUUUUGCAAGGUUUAACAUGUUUAAUCUUAUUUACCGUUGACUUAUGAACACCAACAACUGAAGUACAAAGAAAGAUUUUUAAUGACAUUUUUUUCAAUUUCACACCAAUCAUGUUAGUGUUUUAAACAGGUUUCUUGGUAUGAUUGAAAUAAAUAAUUAAAACAAAUAUCAGUGCCAGAUAAUCAUUCAUGAAAAGCCCAAAACAUUUUACACAUUUUUGACGUCACUCUUCUAAUAGAAGAUUUACCCAUAUCACUUUACAUUUGUAAAGUAUUUCAUAAACAGUGAAGCAAGAUGCAUCUGUUCUGAAACAGAACACUUCAUGAAAUUCCUGUCAAAUGAUAUACCAUCAAAACAAAAGGCACCAUCAUUUUCCCCACAUUAUGGCAUAACACACUACAGGAAAUUACCUAAUGACCUUUAAAAUAAUGCACAUAGUUUAUAUUACUCUAACUUCAUUUUCAAGAAAGUACAUGUCUUCUUUGAAUAUGUUUUAAAUAAUGUAUUUCCAUUCUUUAUUCCAUUAAGAAAAUGAAAUAAAGAAACAAAAGAAGCAUUUUUGAACCAAACUUAAUUCAUGCACUACUAACAUGUGACAACAUGUUAUGCUAUGCCAUCAUAUUUAGA